GACCAGUUGGACAAACAGAUCAGAGAGAAGCAGGACACCUCUGCUGCACGCUGAGUUCAUGCAGCAGCGUCAGAGACAUUCUUAGAGGAUUUAGGAUCUGUUCCAGGAUCAGCUGGUGCUUUCUCAUGUCUGACUGAUCUUGUGUCACACCCUGGAGACCUUCAGCUCAGGACGACCUUAUCUCCCCCCAGAUAAAUAACGCUGCUGUACUGGGAACGGAUUACAGAAAUCACCAAUGUCAGGUCAGGCCUUCGUAACCCUUGUCACCACAGACCCCUACUGCCAGGGAGCCACAACGCUGGCCAGAAGCUUGCGUCGGCAUGCCACAACCCGCCGCAUUGUUGUCAUGGUUACACCCAACAUUUCUCAGCAGUCUAGACGGGAGCUGGACAGUGUGUUUGAUGAGGUGAUGACAGUAAAUCUCCUGGAUAGUGAAGACCAGGUCCAUCUGUUCCUGCUGGGCCGCCCUGAGCUGGGCACCACUUUCACUAAGAUCCACUGCUGGACUCUCACUCAGUACAGUAAAUGUGUCUUCAUGGAUGCUGACACACUUGUUCUGUGUAACGUGGAUGAGCUGUUCGACAGGGACGAGCUGUCGGCAGCUCCAGACCCCGGAUGGCCCGACUGCUUUAACUCAGGAGUGUUCGUCUUCAGGCCAUGCCUCAUCACCCACAGCAGACUGCUGAACCACGCCCUGCACCGUGGCAGCUUUGAUGGAGGUGACCAAGGUUUAUUGAACUCCUUCUUCAGCAGCUGGCCAGUAGAAGACAUUUGUAAACACCUUCCGUUCAUCUACAAUCUCUGUGUCAACACUGUCUACAGCUACCUCCCUGCUUUCCAAGAGUUUGGUCACAACGCAAAGAUAGUCCACUUCACAGGAGCAGCGAAGCCCUGGAGCACCCAGAGGGGGGGCUGUCACUCGCACAUCAUGGAGAAGUUUGUUUCUCGGUGGUGGGAGGAAUUACACUGGAAGGAAGACCAUAAACCACCAUUUGCUCCUCAGCCUAGUCCUAGGAGGCAGCAGCAGAUCUAUGAACGAGAAGCUACGACUGAGUUUAGAGAAAACCUGGACACCUCCUGUUCCCUGCUGGCACAUUUCUCUCCUUCCUCUGAGAGUCUUCAGCCACACACCGAGGAAAGAAUGUGUUCUCACACAGGGAGCACAGCUGUGGAGAAGGAAUCAUUACCACCUGAGAUACCCGAGGUCAAAGAGGCGGAGUCAGCACCACCUGAAGGACCACAGGUUGAGAAUCCACCUUUAGGAGCAGAGGGAACAGGGAACAGCAUUUCAUUUUCCCCAGCAGACGCAGAGGAAGAGCAGCUGGAGCAUCGAAGAAUGUGGGAGUUGGGGCAGGCUGACUACUUGGGCAGAGACGCCUUCCAAAACAUACAGAAAAUGCUGGAUCGCUUUCUGGAUUAGAGAAGCCACAUUAGAACAGGCUGUAACCUUUGACCUCUCCUCACUAGUCCAUACUACAUGUUAAGGAUCCACAUGUUGUCCUAGAAGUUACUACAGAAAGAUGUUGGUGCUUCAUGGUGAUUAAACCAUCUUUCAUGGGU